GGGAUGAGAGCUGGAUACAGAAAGAGUGUCUUCGUGGAGGGGGACACAGACACACAGAGCAGUCUAAGAGGAUUAGAUCAAUCUCUGCCCCAAUGCCAGCCUCUUAAAACUUCAGUCCAUCUGUAAGAUAUGCAGACUCCACAGCUCUGCCUGUUGUAUCUGUGUACUAUUCUCAUGUACACCGGUGUAGCUCCAAAUCUCAGUGACUGUGAAGGAAUAGGAAAGAUAUGCCAUGCCCACGCAGACUGCGUCAAAACACGCAACAGCAUCACUUGUGUUUGCCUCCCUGGAUACAAUGGCGAUGGACUACAGUGUGACGACAUAGACGAAUGCACUGUUGGCAUUCACGGCUGCAACUUACAAGCGCACUGUGAGAACACACCAGGCAGCUACAGAUGUGUGUGCCUAGAUGGAUAUUCUGGAGAUGGCUUUCAGUGUGUGGAUAUUAAUGAGUGUCAAACAGGAAAUGGUGGCUGCCACACUGAUGCAAUUUGCACCAAUACAAAUGGGGGGCGAACAUGCCAGUGUAAGAGCGGCUUCAUUGGAAAUGGGCUUCAAUGCAAUGAUGAUAACGAAUGCUCCAGGCCAAACAUCUGCCACUGGAAUGCCGUCUGUACCAACAUCCCUGGUUCAUACAUAUGCACAUGCAAUUCUGGAUAUAAAGGCAAUGGUAACUAUCUUUGCCUGGACACUGAUGAGUGUUCAGAAAUUCCAGGUGUGUGCGCUGCCCAAUUUGGUUUCAAGGGCUGCAAGAAUCUACCGGGAACCUACCAAUGCCUUUGCAGCAAUGGCUACCAGAGCAAUGGGAAAACCUGUGAGGACAUUAAUGAAUGUGCAGACAAUAUCUGUAGUAGGUUCUCUAACUGUGUGAACACUCCUGGUUCUUUUCAGUGCUCUUGUCGGGAAGGUUUUGCCGGGAAUGGCAUUACAUGCGUGGAUGUCAAUGAAUGUAGUGGGAAGAAUCUCUGUGACCCAAACGCACUGUGUAUCAACGUGCUUGGCAGCUAUGAAUGCUCAUGUCGCUCUGGUUUCCUUGGAGAAGGGUUCCAGUGUACCGACAUUAAUGAGUGUAAAGUAAAUAAUGUAUGCCCAGUUGGUGCAACCUGCAUCAACACUGCAGGCUCCUUCUACUGUGACUGUGGUCAAGGCUAUAUUUUCAAUAAAACACAGUGUCAGGAUCUGGAUGAAUGUGCAGUAGGCCGCUGUAGCCCCUAUGCUUCAUGCACAAAUUUUCCUGGCUCGUUCACAUGUGCAUGUCACCCUGGUUUUGUUGGUGAUGGUUUAUUCUGUGAGGAUGUGAACGAGUGUGCCAUGUCCCAGAAAUGCCCCUCUCAUGCCCUCUGCACCAACUUGCCUGGGAGUUACAACUGCAGCUGCAUGGUGGGAUACACAGGUGAUGGCCUGACGCUGUGUUCAGACAUAGAUGAGUGCCAGGUGAACAAUGGUGGAUGCAGUGCCAAGGCCACAUGUGCUAACAGCAUGGGGUCCUUCUCCUGUCUCUGUCCCUCAGGGUUUAUCCUUGUCAAUAACACCAUAUGCCAGGAUAUAGAUGAAUGCCAGGUACUGGAAAAGCCUUGUAAGGCCUACGAGAAAUGCUCCAAUAAAGAGGGUUUUUAUGAGUGCUCCUGCCAGACAGGGUUUACUCGUCCCAGUAAGAACACAGGAUGUUCUGAUAUUGAUGAGUGUCUAAUAUAUCAGUCAUGCCAUCCCAAUGCAACCUGUGUCAACUCCGUUGGUUCUUUCAUGUGCACCUGUAAAAAUGGCUUCAGUGGAAAUGGUACUUAUUGCGAGGACGUGAAUGAAUGUGCAGCAAAGGGUACGUGUCACCCACACGCUCUGUGCCACAACAUCCCAGGUGACUUCUCCUGCCAAUGCCAAAAGGGCUUUGAAGGAAAUGGCUUCACCUGCAUGGACCUGGAUGAAUGUGUGUUAUCAAACACUACCUGCCCUGCUAACUCAGUGUGCAUUAAUUCUCCUGGAACGUAUGUGUGCUCUUGUAUGAAUGGUACAGUGGUAUAUAAUAACACAUGUGCUCCACCUAGCACAUGGUGUAACCCUCCUUGCCAUCCAUUUGGGCUCUGCCACCCUUCACCUUUGGGAUAUCAGUGUGUAUGUGACGUCGGGUUCAAAGGGAAUGGAUACAUCUGUUCAGACAUUGAUGAAUGUCAGCAGAAUGUGUGUCUCAGGAAUGAGACUGAGUGUGUAAACAAUCCAGGCUCAUUCUCCUGCAUCUGCAAAAUGGGUUAUUCUCAAAAUGGAACAGAAUGCAUGGAUGUGGACGAGUGUACUUCUGGAAAGGAUGAGUGCAGUGAGUUUGCACAGUGUGUCAACACGGUUGGGAGUCACCUGUGCUUCUGUCUCAGUGGCUUCACUGGAAAUGGAAAAAGCUGCUCUGACAUUGAUGAGUGCCAGUCUCAGAAUGGAGGGUGCCAUCCCACUGCCAGCUGCACUAAUACUCCUGGUUCCUACAAGUGCACUUGCCCACCGGGUAUGCCCGGGUCAGGGUUUGAUUGCGUGGAUGUGGAUGAAUGUUUGGAGAAUUCAACUUUGCACCACAACUGCAGUCAUCUUGCUUUGUGCAACAACACAGCGGGCUCCUAUGUUUGCCACUGCCUGGGGGGAUACCAGGGUGAUGGCUUUACCUGUGCUGAUGUGGAUGAGUGUCUGCUACCUUCAUACUGUAGCAGCAACAUGAUUUGCCAAAACACACCUGGGGCAUACACCUGUACUUGCAUUCUGGGUAUGGUCUAUGAUUCUGGUACCUGUGUGAGUGAAAAAGAAUGUGUGAACAGUACCCAAGGCUGCAGUACCCAUGCUGAAUGCAAUGCCAUUCUGGGGUCGUACUACUGCGCCUGCAGAGAGGGCUUUAAUGGAAAUGGAAUGGAGUGCAGGGACGUGGAUGAAUGCGGCUGGACAGGAAACCAAACAUGCCCACAAUUUUCCUACUGCUUCAACACAGAAGGCUCGUACUACUGUGACUGCUGGAAAGGAUAUCAGAACAAUGGGACACAUUGCGAGGAUAUAAAUGAGUGUCAGAUGGGUAAUUUUACCUGUCCUGACAACAGCAUCUGCAUCAAUAAGGAAGGGGGAUACUACUGUCCAUGCAGUGUUGGCUUUGUUGCAAAAAACUCCCUGUGUUUGGACAUUGAUGAGUGUGCCACAAGUCCAACACUGUGUCCUAAUUCAUCUGAUUGCAAAAACACAGUUGGAUCGUAUUUCUGUGAGUGUUGGGAUGGAUACUCGGGUAAUGGAACACACUGUAGAGACAUGAAUGAAUGCCUGGAUAACUCUACAUGCCCAGAACACAGUGUUUGUGUCAAUAUAGCAGGUGGAUUUCUCUGCCAAUGUGAGGUUGGGUUCUCCAGUAACAGCCCAAACGUUACCCACUGUAAUGAUAUUGAUGAAUGUUCAGAGACUGGCCCACUGUGUACUAACGGGACCUGCAUCAACACUGCUGGUUCAUUCUACUGUGUGUGCAAUAAAGGAUUUUGGAGCAAUGUGACUGAGUGCCAUGAUAUAGAUGAGUGCUUGGCAUCCCAGAAUGGUUCAAUAUGCCAGGCUCACUCCACUUGUGUGAAUGUUCCAGGCUCAUAUGAAUGUAAGUGCCAUAUGGGCUUUCUGCUGAAUGGUACAAUGUGUCAAGACAUUGAUGAAUGCAAGAAAAAUACAAGUUUUUGCACUGAAAAUUCACAGUGUGUGAACACUGAAGGCUCCUUUAUUUGCCCAUGCUUGUCUGGCUACAAAGCUCAGGGGCCAAACUGCACUGACAUUGAUGAGUGUAUGCUCACUAACUCCUGCCGUCCAGACCAGAUUUGCACCAAUUUGCAUGGUUCAUACCAAUGCUCUUGUGCCAUGGGGUACCAGGAGGAAAAUGGAACCUGCACAGACACAGAUGAAUGUCAGAAUGCCUCAGCAGUUUGUCAUACUCUGGCUCGGUGCUGGAACAGUGUAGGGUCUUUCUCCUGCCACUGCCCCUUGGGUUAUUCUGGGGAUGGGACACAAUGCAAAGACAUCGAUGAAUGUUCUUUAAUCACCUCUCCUUGCCACACACAAGGCAAAUGCAUCAAUACACCAGGAUCGUACAGAUGUGUGUGUUCUCCAGGUCUGUUGGCCCUUGGGCCAGUGUGUGUGGACUUAAAUGAGUGUCGGCAGAAUCGAGGCGGGUGCCAUCCUGCUGCCAUAUGCCAAAACUCUAUAGCUGGUUUUGAGUGCCAGUGUGCUAACGGCUGGGAUACGACAGCUCAGAAAGGGAGCGGAUCAUAUGGAUGCACUGACAGAAAUGAGUGUCUGUCAGCCACUGCUUGCUAUGGCAACACAACCUGCACAAAUUUGAUCGGAUCCUUCACUUGCACCUGCCCUGGUGAUAAUUCCAACUGUCAACAGUCAACACAAAUUGAGAAUGUACUGUACCCUUUUGGACUGGGGAUUGGUGAUGAGAGGUUACCAAUGUCAACAGCAGAUGGAAACUCUCCAUACAUUAUUCCUCCUGUAGGGUUUUUAUUCAUGGGCAAGCUCUAUGAAAGAUUAUUUUUUUCAGACAAUGGACUGGUUCAGUUCCAGACAGUUGACACGAACCAGAAGCUCCUCCUUCCUAUUCCAUUCUCCAAAGGAUUUAGUGGUAAUGAAAGCAUGGCCAUGUUAGCUGUGUUCUGGGAUGAUGCUGACCUCACAUUAGGAGAUGGAAAACUGUUCUACAAGGAAUAUCAUCAGUUUAACAUAUCAGAUGUUUACUCUCAAAUAGUCUUCAACCGCACACGUGAUGAUGUGACUCAGUUUGAGGUAAAAAGGGGGAAACCUGCAUUCACUCCCACAUGGAUUCUGAAAAUCACAUGGGACCAUGUCCUGCCCAUCUCCUACCAGAAAAUCAACUUAUCUGAGACGAACACAUUCCAAGCUAUCCUGACCACGGAUGGUAUUCGUUCGUUUGCCUUACUCCGCUACGGCGACAUGAGCUGGGGUCCAGGACAGAGGAUUUACCACAACGCUCUGAUAGGCUACACUGAUGGCACCAGCACCUACCGCAAUGAGAUUCCAAACCCACCCAGCAAUCUUUUUGGUCCAGGUGGUCGUUAUCGACCCCAGAGCAUUGUGGGCAACACAGGCCAGUUGGGGCAGCUUCUGUAUGACCUGACCGGAGCCACAGUGGUCAGCUCAGAUCCUCAGAGUCAGUGCCAGGUAUGGGCUCUGAAGGAACCAGAGCCCAAAGAGUGGACACUAGGGCUGACACCAUGCCCUUGUACUCGCACCCAGGCACUGGACGACCUGGUGUUUGGUCCCGAGAUCCUGCCAGUGGAGAAUGGCACAUAUGUGCAGAAGCUGCGGGGUCUCCGCUGGGGUGGAACUGUAGGUCAAGUGUUUCAGUCAAUACUCUUCAACAAGCAAAAUGCAGGAAAGAGAUGUGUGUAUGAUCCCCAAGGCCCUCUGCUGGCUGGAUACAGUGAACGCUAUUUUACCAAUGACAACAUACAAGAGCACAUUGAUAAGGAUCUCAUGCCCUUCCAGUGGUGCUGUGUCCAGUCUUCUUUCUGCCAUCUUUACCUGGCUAAGAGACCACUAGACCGGUGUCAGGGUUAUGGCUGGACACGUUUAGACCCAAGCAUUCCAGAAAGCACAGGAGCACCUGGCCUUGGUUUGGCAUAUGGAAGCCUCCACUUUGUUACAUUCGAUGGAACUAACUACACUUUCAAAGCCAUAGGAGUGUUUGUAAUUGUGCGUCUGUCCUCCAGUAAAGGCUCCAAUGUCUUCACUCUGCAGGGAGAGACAGAGGUGCUAGAGACUAACGGGCAGCCCAGUCAAGUGCCGGCUCUAGCGCGCUUAGCUGCCUACCACCAGGCCUACGGCAAGGUGGAAUGGCGAAGCUCUAUGUCUGGAGAGAAGCUAAUUGUACUAAUCAAUGAUGUGGAGUUUCCUGUUUUUGCAGGUGUAGUACAUUCUGUACAACAAGGCUUUGCAUUGCGCUGUCCCACAGUGCAGCGCUGUGCAACUGUCUAUGAAGGAGGGCUGAAUGUGGAUGUGUGGAUGGGGGACGCCAGGAGACUCUCUACUCUGGUGGAGGUCCCACAGAGCUUUUACAAUCGCACCGUAGGCCUCCUGGGCCUCUGGAACGCCAACACUUCCGAUGACUUCCUCCUCUCCAAUGGACUCUUGCUAUCUUUGCCUGACAACAACCCCCCCACUGAGAACAGACUCCUGCUCUUCGGACAGUCAUGGGCUGUCCCUCUUCCAGAGAGUCUCCUAUUCACCACUCCUCCCCUGACACCCUUUCAGCCUGUGGGCACAGAGGAAUUGAUGACAUCAGUUAGCCCGGACACACUGGCCAGACUUCAGGAGGCGUGCCAGGGCAGCAUGCAAUGUGUGCAUGACAUCCUAGCCACAAAGAACACCAAUCUGGGCCUACAGAGCCUGCAGGAUCAAAAGAAAAUCUACAAGCUCGCUGUUACCUUUGGUAACAUACCACCCAUUUUGAGUGAGCCCACAGUGAUCCGCUGUAAGGUGAACACUACAUUAAGAGUGCAGUUUGUAGCACAGGAUGCGAACAGAGACCCUGUCAGCUUCUCCCUGCUCCAUCCACGACCGCCUCUAGCCACCAUAGGAAGAGAUGAUGGAGUUCUGGUGUGGACUCCGUUAAAUAUUCAGCCCGUGCUGCUCACUGUGCAGGUGAGUGACCAUAUGUCCAGCUCUCUGCUUAUCCCCAUUCUGCAGCUCUGCAGCUGUCUGAACGGAGGAACCUGCCAGUACCAGAGUGUGGCAGAGAACCACUUGCAGGGAAAAUUCCAGGUUGCAGGGUGUCUGUGCCCACCAGGUUUUGGUGGAAGAUACUGUGGAAAUAGAACUGAUGUGUGUAAAGGCAAGCCUUGCUUCCCUGGAGUGGACUGCAUCAUUCAGCAAGAGGGGGACAGUUUUAGCUGUGGAGAAUGUCCUCCCCCUACUGUCUCUAAUGACAGACAAGGUUACAAAUGCUUUGAGAAUGAUUUCUGCCUUCCUCCUUUUCGCUUUCCCUGUCAUGAGAUGGCAGUCUGCUACAGCACUGGCUAUAACUACACAUGCCGCUGUAAGCCAGGCUUUUCUGGCAAUGGACGUGAAUGCACAGAUAUAGAUGAGUGCCAGAACCCUGAAACCUGCCCUAAUGCAAAGUUUGAGUGCGUGAACACACCUGGCUCAGUGUACUGCCCCUGCCGCUAUCAGAGCUCCCCGGAUUCCAAUGGCUGUGGUGAUUCUCCAAAUCCUACAGGGUGGAAUAUUUUUAAUGUCUCCGUCACCUGGAGCAGUCCAAAGACUGGACAACAGCAACUGAAACAGCUGGAGCAAAUCCUUUCUAUGGGUUUCCAGAAUAAAUUCUACAGUGCCAAUUCAAUAUUGCUGCCUAACUCAGGAUCAGAGGAAGGGAAUGAGCACAGAAUCAAUGUGUCCAGUGAUACUCCGCAUUGGUACAUCUUGGACUACCUGAGCCGAGUCGGUCACUACUACGGCAUCACAUCAGCCUAUGUAGGAGACCUAGAUGAGUGCUACAGCAAUGAGACUGUGUGUACACACCCAGCUGUGUGUUACAACACUUAUGGAGGCUACAGAUGCGUGUGUAAUGGCACUGACAUGAAGGAGUCGCAGUCUUGCAUUUUAGAUGGGAAUGGUCUUAAUAAACCAAGUCUGAUAGAUGCUACAACUAGGGAAGAUAAUAAGCCCCUGAUUCUUGGUUUGGUCCUGGGCAUCGGUAUCCCCCUCCUCCUGCUGCUGCUGCUGGCCGCUCUGGCCUGCUUCUGCUGCUGUCACAGGAGAACCGUCACUGGAGAAAUUCCUCACUUGCUGCCAGAAUAUGUACAAGAGCAUUUCAGCUCACAUUUCAACUACAGCAAUCCUGCCCUGCACUACAAGAGCCACUGUAGCCCACGUAUCCUUGACAACAUCACACCCAGAAACAAAUGUCACAAUCCAACUUGCCCCACUUCUGACAUCUGCACUCAUGCCUGCAGUUGUAUGCAUGCAGAAGGAGAGAAGAUAAAUAUAUAAAAGGAAAUAUCUAUAAAAUAUUAAUGCUAUUUUUUUUUUAAAACUGUGCAUUUGAUCUAAUGUAAAAUAUAUUAAUUACACAUGCAGGCAUGUACUGAUGUACUGAAUGUUUAUAGCUGCAUAAAAUGUUUAUAUGUACACUAUGUUGUUCCAUUGACCCUAUAUAAAAUACAUUUAAAUAUACAUUUAUUUCAUUUCAUUUCACUUCAUUUAUGCAGUUAUUGCAGUGUUCCAAUGUUUUAACCUAAUUUCUAUUUAUUCUGUCAGAAGCAUAUAUACAAUUAACAUACACAGUCAUUUCAACACGUUUAUUUGUAUUGACAAGGAAAACUGGAAAACCUGUUUACUUGGAAGUGAAAGAGCACUAUUAUUAAUAAUCAUUAAUGUUAUAUAAAUAAAUACUUAUUUUGUAGAACACUUCAUAAGUUCUUCAGAAAAAAGUAUUUGUAAAUUAAGCUAUAAAUCUCUAUAAUUCCUCCUUUCAGAGAUAUGACUUCAUUUUCAGAGGAAGGAAUUUGUGGUUAUGUGUGAACAAUGUAAAUCUACAGAGUCUAUGUAUCACAAGUUUCACAAAGUAACUAUGGAAAUGCUUCAGUUUCCAUAACUGGAAUUGCUUUUUACUUUAUGUUGAAAGUUGGAUGAAAUAUUAAAAUAGAAGCUUC